AUGACGUGUGUUCAUAUCGUGCUUUUCAAGGUCAAGGCGCAAGUGUUAAAGAACGGUUAUGAAGAGUUCAAAGCUCGCGCAGAGACCAUCCGCGAUCUCCCGAUUGUAAAGGAACAUGCCAAGGAGCUCCAGCUAGGACCACCGAUUUGGGACACACGGUCGCACGGCUUCAACUAUGGCCUGUACUCGGUGUUUGAGACGCGAGAGAGCCUAGAAAGGUACAAAGAGGACAACGAUCACAAAGAGUACGUAUAUGAAUUGGAGUGA